AUGACUGGCCGCCGUGCUCGUGCUGCUCUCGCUGCAGACUCACCCGACGCUACCCCUCUCACGGGUACAGGCCGCCGCCUCACCAGGUCUGCUUCGGCCAAGAACCUUGCAGCGCCGGCUCAGCCUGCCAUUUCAACCCCUUCCAUCGCGAAGAGAGGCAGAGGCCGACCUAGCAAGGCCUCUUCACUCGCCAAUGAUUCGACUUCCUCAGCUCCCUCUGCUGCUGCAUCUGCCGACUUCACCUCAGCGAGCGAGGACUCUACCCCGGCAACUAGUAAUGUCGCCACACCCGCUCCGUCCAUCGCCGCAGAUGGUCUAAGGCCUCGGAAGUCGGCCUCCAAGAUUGAGAUCCAGCUCCCUACCGCUGCUGGGCUGCAGAGCGAGCGCGCUCUGCGUCGGAGCCAGUACUCCAUGGCACCCAUCAAGCGUAAGCGAUCUGAGGCUGGGGAUAGCAAUGACGAUGAUGACGAAGAGUAUUCCGACAAUGAUCGCGAUGCCAUCGUCGCUCGUCGUUUACAGAAGGAGGAGAACCGUAAGGCUGCUACGACUACUCGACUUUCAGAUGCCGACCUUGCUAGACGUCUGCAGGAGGAGGAGUACGAGAUGGAAGAAUCCGAUGCUCCCAUCGCUACUCAACGCGGUCGACGCAAUCCGACUUCUACCAAGACUCUUAUCGCUGACAGUGACGACGAAAUGUCGGAAGACAUGCCCCUUGCUGCUCGAGCCAAAGCUGGCGGUCGCCAACGGGGCAGACCUGCCAAGAACAACACCUCUGUUGCGCCGCGACCCACAAAGAAGCAAAAGAAGGUGCUUUUUGACUCUGGCGAUGAAGAUGAACUGGCUGAAACCAUUCACGAUGACGAGCAGGAGGUUGGUGACUUUGACCUCUCGUCGGAUAACGAACUCGACGAGAAUCCCAAGAAAUCAUCAACCAAGGGCAAGGAGCCUAUCAGAAGGACUAGAAACACCGCUUCCUCUUCGGCUCAGCCCCCUGCAGCGCUUGAGGAGCUUGCUGAUGAUGAUGAUGACGACUUAUCGAGCCUUUCGAGCUUCCUCUCCGAUGCCACCGACGUUACUGAUGCCGCCUCGGCUGUCUCGACAGCGUCGGAUAGUGACGGACGCCGCCAGAACGCCGUUGCCAGGCAGUCCCGCGGACGACGUGCUUACCAACGUGGCUCCAAGCGACGAGGUCAGCUCGAGCGUGACAGAUUAGUGCACCAUCACCCCGAGCUUCUGACCAUGUGGCAGGAGCUCGAGGCUUUGCCGCCUCUGAGACCCGAGAAGAUUGCACAGCCCAAGCAAAUCUCACGCCAGCUCAAACCCUUCCAGCUCCAGGGUGUUGCGUGGAUGAUUGCCAUGGAGCAGACCGAAUACAAAGGUGGCCUCCUCGGCGAUGAGAUGGGCCUCGGCAAGACCAUUCAAGCGGUCUCCCUGAUCAUGUCCGAUUUCCCCUCCAAGAAACCGUCUCUGGUCUUGGUUCCGCCCGUCGCGCUGAUGCAGUGGCAGUCGGAAAUUGCCGCCUACACUGACGGCACGCUCAAGACGUUCGUCUAUCAUGGUUCCUUGUCCAAGGCAAAAAAUGUAACUCUGAAGGAUCUCAAGAAGUUCGAUGUCAUCAUGAUGUCUUACAACAGUCUGGAGUCUAUGUAUCGCAAACAAGAGAAGGGCUUCACCCGCAAGGACGGCAUCUACAAGGAGAAGAGUCUGAUUCACCAGAUUGAGUUCCAUCGCAUCAUCCUUGACGAGGCCCACAGCAUCAAGACUCGAACCACCAUGACGGCAAAGGCCUGCUUCGGUCUCAAGACCGACUUCAGAUGGUGCUUGACCGGCACCCCGUUGCAGAACCGCAUUGGAGAAUUCUUCUCCUUGAUUCGCUUCCUCCAGGUUAAGCCCUUUGCAUCGUACUUCUGCAAGCAGUGCCCUUGCGCCAGCUUGGACUGGGACCUUGACGAUGACCAUCGAUGCCGCAAGUGCCACCAUGCCGGCAUGCAGCAUGCUUCCGUAUUCAACCAAGAGCUGCUGACUCCCAUUCAGAAGUGGGGCAAUAGGGGAGAAGGCGCAGAUGCCUUCCGGAAGCUUCGUACGAUGACCGACCGCAUUAUGCUUCGCCGUCUGAAGAAAGAUCACACCGAUUCCAUGGAGCUCCCCGUCAAGGAGAUCUACGUUGAUCGCCAAUUUUUCGGCGAAGUGGAGAACGACUUUGCGAACAGCAUCAUGACGAACGGCCAGCGCAAGUUCGAUACUUACGUCGCUCAGGGUGUGUUGCUCAACAACUAUGCCAACAUCUUCGGUCUCAUCAUGCAGAUGCGACAGGUUGCCGAUCAUCCUGAUCUGAUCCUACGGAAGAAUGGUGAGGGCGGUCAGAACACACUCAUGUGCAACUUGUGCGACGAAGUCGCCGAGGAUUGCAUCAGGAGCCGUUGCAAGCAUGAUUUCUGUCGCGCCUGUGCCAGAACCUGGCUCGCGGCUAACGAUCAACCCGACUGCCCCAAGUGCCAUAUCCUAUUAGCCAUCGACUUGGAGCAGCCCGAGAUCGAGCAGAACGAGGCCGACGUGAAAAAGUCGUCGAUUAUCAAUCGAAUCAAGAUGGAGGAGUGGACCUCGUCGUCCAAGAUUGAACUUCUCGUCCAUGAACUUCAUAAGCUCCGUUCCGACAACGCGUCUCACAAGUCCAUCAUCUUCUCGCAGUUCUCUUCCAUGCUUCAGCUCAUUGAAUGGCGUCUCCGUCGUGCCGGCAUCACCACUGUCAUGCUGGACGGCAGCAUGAACCCUGCACAGCGUCAAGCAUCCAUCAACCACUUCAUGACAAAGACCGACUGCGAGUGUUUCCUUGUAUCUCUCAAGGCUGGCGGUGUGGCCCUGAAUCUCACAGAAGCUUCGCGCGUCUUCAUUGUUGACCCCUGGUGGAACCCUGCGGCCGAGUGGCAGUCUGCUGAUCGCUGCCACCGCAUCGGCCAGACGCGCCCUUGCACCAUCACCCGUCUCUGCAUUGAGGAUUCUGUCGAGAGCCGCAUGGUUCUGAUUCAGGAGAAGAAGACCAACAUGAUCAACUCCACUGUCAAUGCCGACGACAAGGCCAUGGAGUCCCUGAGCCCCGAGGACAUGCAGUUCCUCUUCCGUGGAUCUUAA